UAAGAUCAAAUGUCCCAGCGUCUUCUCAGCUAUGAGACUACCAAGACGCUGCCGUCUGUGGCUAACGAUGGCCGUCCUUGUGGCGUUACUGUGGAUGCUUUCCCUAUUCGGCGGCCCCAAGAAGAGCUUGAGUCUCACCUACCACCUCAGGUACGGCUGGUUGGACUACACGGAUGAGGACGAAAACCCGGAGAAGGUUUGUGACUGCUCGGCCAUCCUGCAGGGAGAGCAGAAGGCGCUGGAGCGAGCCAAGUUACUGACCAUUACCAAGGACUUCCGCAAGAGGGUCCACGUCCCUGAUGAGUUUUACACCAAUGCCACUAAAGACUGCAGGAAAUUCCAGGCAAGCAGGAAAUAUUUACCAUUCCCGUUAAGCCAGGAAGAGGAGACGUUCCCCCUGGCUUACUCCAUGGUGGUCCAUCAUAAGGUGCAGAAUUUUGAGCGUCUGCUCCGGGCAAUUUACACGCCUCAAAACUUUUACUGCGUCCACGUGGACAAAAAAGCCCCUGCGUCCGUGAUCUCGGCCGUCACGUCCAUCACCUCCUGCUUCCCGAACGUCUUCCUGGCCAGCCGCUCCGAGAGCGUGGUGUACGCCAGCUGGUCCCGCGUGCAGGCUGACCUGCACUGCAUGGCGGACCUCUUCGAGGCCAGCGCCACGUGGAAGUACUUCAUCAACCUGUGCGGACAGGACUUUCCUCUCAAGACCAACUUGGAGAUGGUGCGAGCCCUCCGGGCGCUGAACGGAGCCAACAGCAUGGAGUCUGAGAAGAUGCCCAAGGAGAAGGUGUGGCGGGUGAAAAAUGUUCACCAUAUAGUUGAUGGACAACUAAAGGGGGUGGGAAAGCCCAAAGAUCCGCCGCCCUUCAACAUCCCAAUCCUCUCCGGAAACGCAUACGUGGUGGUCAGCCGAGGUUACGUCCGCAGCGUCCUGGAGGACAAACGCAUCCAGGCGCUGAAAGCCUGGGCCGAGGACACCUACAGUCCUGACGAGUUCCUGUGGGCGACCAUUCAAAGGCUCCCCGGCGUGCCCGGCUCCACGUGGGCCAGCCCCAAGUACGACAUGACCGACAUCAACGCCAUAGCGCGGCUGGUCAAGUGGCAGUGGCACGAGGGCGCAAGGGCCAAGGUGGGCGCCGUGUACCCGGAGUGUCAGGGCAGGCACGUGAGGGCCAUUUGUGUUUACGGGGUGGGGGACCUGCAGUGGAUCUUGGAGCAGCAUCACCUCUUUGCUAACAAGUUCGACACAGACUUUGACUCCGUGGCCGUGUUCUGUUUGGAAAAGUACUUGAGGCAAAAAGCUCUUGCUGCCUUACAGUAGAUGAACUGUGGACUCACUGUAAGUUCUUUUUAGGUUUUUGUACUUACAAGUCCACAUCAUACAGUGCUUAGGAGACAAAGAACAAACUAACAAUGAAAUGAUGUUCAUAUACAGUCGUGCUCAUAAGUUUACAUACCCUGGGAGAAUUGAUGAUUUCUUGGCCAUUCUUCAGAGAAUAUGAAUAAUAACACAAAAACCUUUCUUCCACUCAUCCUUAAUGGUCGUGUGAAGCUAUUUUAUUGGCAAACAACUGUGUUUACUCCUUUUAAAUCAAAAUGACAAAAGAAAGUACCCAAAUGACCCUGAUCAAGAAGUUCACAUACCCCAGUGACUUUGAUCUGA